GAGACCGCAGUCGCGUGCCAUAUGAUAUCUAUCAUGUACGCCCGAUAGAUCUACUCAGCGUGUCAUACAGCGAACUAUAGGAUUUUUAUUUAUAUCAAAAUAUUAUUAAAUUUGUAAUAAUUAUUAUAAUAUAUAGUGUAACCGUCGUCUGGUCAAUACAUCCGUUUCAAUACCUUUGUGCCGAAGUAACUCUGCGUAUAAACAUUCAACAACUACAAUAAUAUACCAUAUUUCAAUUUAUAUAUAUCUACUCUCCGAAUUGCUGUCGUGAUGAAAUGAGUUUGGUGGAAUAUCCAAGGUCAGAACAUGUCCGUUUGCGAUUGCUGGGCCAGUUUCAAGUUUUCUCAAAUUAUUUUAUGUUUGAGUUGUCUGCUCUAUAAGAGAUGGUCAGACGCAGAAGCCACCAGAUUGUUUUAUUUCUUCGAAAAGUCGUCCCGGGAGUGGCCGUUGCUGAACAACAUUACUAGAAAUGGGGCUGGGUCACUAUUCGCGGAUGUUACUUUUGGUGGUUACAUAAUAAUAUGCGUGGCGCUGUUCAUAGCGUAUUUGAUGGGCGAGCUGAAGAACAGCAAAAAAACUGAAUCAUUUCUGUUGGUCAUCGGCGCGGCGCUGUUCAUCGCCGUCGGCUGUCUGGUGUUGACCGCCGUGGACAGCGUUCCCGAGAAUCUGGUCAUCAACGCGCUCGUGUUGGGAAUCCUGUCCAUAGUGACCGGCAUGGUGUUCGUGUUAGACACUUGUCUGUCGAACAGGCGAAAUGAUAAGGAGUCGCACCUGUUGCCAAAAAACACUCGGUAUGGCGAUAUUGCGCGUACUAGAACUGCUGUCGGAGGUGCACUGCACGCCAAUGGGACGAAUGGAUUGCACGUCAACGGGACGAACGGAGUGCACGUCAACGGGACAAACGGAGUGCACGUAAACGGAACAAACGGCGUAUACACUAACGGGACGAACGGCGUACACGUCAAUGGCACGAAAGGCGUUUCGAAGCGGGAGAUGGCGGAAGAAAACAAGGAGAAAAACGGGUUAUUGCGGACGACCGCGGCUGCCAACGGCGGUCGGAUGGUAGAAACCAAGAACGAGAGCGUUCAGACGACGACGAGCAGAAAUCGCGGACCACCGGAAAAAGACUACGACGAAGUAGACGGGAGUGUCGCACAUCAGUACGGUCGUAGGUACUUGGACGACCGGGGGUUCGACGUGGAUCGUGGACAUAGGCACGCCGACUGGUACGACACGGACAUGGAUCUACCAAAAAUGAAGAAACUCGAAAUCAAUGUGCCGACAGAGGAGUCUCCGGAUUACCGUCGCAGAUUUGUAAAUAUUAAAAACAGUUCUAAACUUCAAUCACCCAGCAUUACGAGCACUGUACACAAUCAACAGGAAAGUCCAAAAGAGGAAAAUGAACAUGAAGUGAAAAAUGCCAGAGUACCAUAUGUUUUUUCAGAAAAAAAGAGACCAACUAGACCUACUGAUCUACCUUUAAAAUCACCUGUGGAGAGAGUGAAUGAUUCAUUACAAAAAUCAGUUAAAAGUCGAUUUUACUUUGGGGCAAACAUGGAAGAACCUAAAUCACCAAAUGAUCCUGGCUAUGUGCUGCACACUGCAUCAAGAUGGGAAGAACAACCUGCAGCAGCCGUACCACAAAAUGGAUACAAAAACUUUAAAAGAAGUCAAGUAUAAUCUAAGAUCAAGAGGAGCAUUUUCUUCUUCAAGUACAUGUUGAGUUGGAUCAAAUGAUUCCUUAUCAUAAUCUUUAGAACCCAAAACAUUUACACCUUUCAUUCUGAUGACAGUAGCUUUAUCAACACCUAGCAUUCUAGCAUACUGAAAAGCUAUAAAAAAAAAAAAAAAAUUAUUUCCA